GCUCUUGGUACCGGGAGCUUUUUCUUUCUUGAGAGUUGAGACACUUGUUGGGAGUCCUGGGAACAUGUUCCUGCACGUUUGGUAGCUGGAACUUCUUGUCCUGGGGACACUUUUUCCCUGCGGGUUGACUGAGGUUGGUUCCAGAAGCCGUACUGGAACGACCGGGCUGCUAGUUCAUGGGUCGACCAGCUAGUCCGGCCCGACCUCCGAAACGCCCCUCCCAUAUUAUCCACAACGGAGAAAAGGAAUUUCCCCUGCCUGCUCCUCUCCGUCGGUCUCUCAUCGUUCCUGCUCCUGAAGACCUGAAUUUCUCCCAGAUUUUCUCCGGAGCUUUCUCUCCAACAUCGCCGUAAGCUACUCUUCCUCUCUAGUUUCCAGCACAAGCUCAUCAUUGUUCACAUCUCCUCCCAUUGCGGUAACACCAUUUGGAGGCCGCGUUCCGACCCUCUUGAAAGCUUCCUGUGCUUCCCAAAUGUAUGUUUCUCCAUCUCUACAACCUGCGACCCUCUCUUCUCUUCCUCACAGCUUCUCUGUUCCCAAACCGCCACCAUGGCUUCUUCCAGGUAAGAGCCACUUCAAGCUCAUAGCUUUUUCAUCCACCUCACAGCAAGCAGAAAUCGCUAAACCCUCACCCUCAAAAACUACCAACUCAUCUGAUAUUCUUCCCUCCGUAAUCCAUCAAAUUCCUCCGAACUUCACCUCGAAGGACCUUAUCAGCAUCGUGCGCAGGCACGGCGAUGGUGACACCGCCGUCAGCGUCUUUAAUUGGGCCUUGGAGCAGCCGAAUUUCGUGCCUGAGUCGUCGCUGGUCGAGGUGAUCCUGCACCAACUUGGAAGCGAGGCGUCUUUUGAGGAAAUGAAGGCCCUCCUGGAAGAUCCAGGGUGCACUGUCACCCCAGGUAUGUUCUUGGCCUUUGUAGAAAGCUAUGCAAAACUCCAUAUGGUCGAUGAGGCUGUUGGCAUUCUUAGUGAAAUGGAAAAAUUCGAAGUUGAACCUGACAUAUUCAUCUACAACAAUUUAUUGAACUUGCUCGUUGAUGAAAACAAGCUAAAGAUGGUCGAAUCUGUGUAUUCUGAUAUGGGUAGAAGAGGGGUCAGUCCUGAUGUGUCUACUUUUAACGUCUUGAUCAAAGCGUUGUGCAAGGCCCACCAAAUCAGGACUGCUAUUUCCAUGAUGGAGGAGAUGUCGGACUAUGGUUUGGUCCCAGAUGAGAAAACGUUUACCACCAUCAUGCAGGGAUAUAUUGAACAGGAUAAUCUGGACGGUGCGUUGGAAAUCAAAGAAAGAAUGACAAGCUCUGGAUGCAAACUCACCAGUGUCACGAUUAAUGUUUUGCUCCACGGAUACUGUAAGCAAGGUCGAGUUGAGGAAGCUCUCAAUUUUAUGGAGGAAAUGACAGUAGAUGGCUUUUAUCCUGACAAGUUCACUUUUAACACACUAGUGAAUGGAUUAUGUCGAGCUGGACAUGUUAAACAUGGCCUUGAAAUACUUGAUGCAAUGCUUCAGGAAGGGUUUGAACCUGAUAUUUUCACCUACAAUACGUUGAUAUCUGGGCUCUGUAAGUCUGGUCAUCUCGAGGAGGCCAUGAAUGUUUUAAAUGAGAUGGUCUCGCGUAAUUGUUAUCCUAAUGUGGUGACAUAUAACACUUUGAUAAGUGCUAUGUGUAAGGAGGAUAGGAUCGAAGAAGCUACUGAACUUGCACGUGGUUUGUCAACGAAGGGCCUUCUUCCGGACGUUUGCACAUUCAAUUCUCUCAUUCAUGGCCUCUGCAGAGUUGAGAAGCUAGCGAUUGCCAUGGACCUGUUUCAGGAAAUGCAGAAGAGUGGGUGCCCGCCAGAUGAAUUUACUUACAAUAUGUUGAUCAGUGCCCUCUGCUCGAGAAGGAAACUCGAAAAAGCUCUCGCAUUGUUGAGAGAGAUGGAAUCUAACGGCUGCGCAAGAAGUGUGGUUACAUACAACACCUUGAUUGAUGGGCUAUGCAAGAACCAGAGGAUUGAAGAAGCAGAGGAAGUAUUUGACCAAAUGGAACUUCAAGGAAUUUCAAAAAAUGUUGUGACUUACAACAGUCUAAUUGAUGGUCUCUGCAAGGCUGGAAGAGUUGAAGAAGCUGCUGAGCUAAUGGAUCACAUGAUAAUGGCAGGAUUGAAACCUGACAAGUUCACAUAUAAUUCAUUACUCUCAUUCUUUUGCAAAGCAGGAAAUAUAAAAAAAGCAACUGACAUUGUUCAAACGAUGACUUCAAAUGGUUGUGAACCAGAUGCUGUAACAUAUGGGACCUUAAUUGGUGGUUUAUGCAAGGGUGGCAGAGUACAUCUGGCCAACAAGCUACUCAGAACUAUCAUGAUGAAGGGAAUAGUUCCUGCUCCCCAGACUUACAACCCCAUAAUUCAAUCACUUUAUAAGCAGCAAAAGACAAAAGAAGCCAUGAGACUAUUUAAAGAGAUGAUUGAGAAAGGAGAACCUCCAAAUGCUCUCACAUACAAGAUUGUGUUUCGUGGCCUAUGUUGUGGGGGAGGACCUAUUGGUGAAGCCGUUGAUUUCCUUAAGGAGAUGAUGGAGAAAGGUUUCCUACCAGAAUACUCAGCACUUUCCAUGCUAGCAGAAGGUCUCUGUACUCUGUCAAUGGAGAAUACUCUAUACGAGCUCAUUGAUCUGGUCAUGCAAAAAGCUAACUUCUCUGGUAGUGACGUUGCUGUUGUAAGGGGUUUCCUUAGGGUUCGAAAGCUGCAUGAUGCAAUGGCUGCUGUAGGGCGUGUAUUGAAGACUCACAAAACUAGAGAAAGAUACUAAUAACUGUAAUUUUAUUAGUGAAAAUUAGUUACAAGAAUUUUCUUUAAUAACAAUCUCACCUACUAAGACCGACGUCCACUUUUUCUUUUGGUUCCUUCCGUAAUGAUCAAAUAACAUCCUUCUUUUUC